AUAACCUGCUUGUGAUUGUGAUUCAAAUUUGAAAUAUUUGUUGUUUUCAAAUUGUUUCAAACGAAUUUUCAGUUAUUUAAAUGAUUAGGUAGUGACUUUGUGUUAAUAUUUCUAAAAUGAGUAACUUAAAAAAUGCAGAAGCAAAAAAAGUCUUAAAGCGAAAUACUGAACUUACCAUUCCCAAAAAUGAUCCAAAGUUGUCCAAAAAACCAGUAGAAAGUAAAACCAGUCUAAAAACUUUUCUACCCUCGAAAUGCCCUUCUUCAAAAAGCCAAUCGGUUGAUUUUCGUGUACCAGAAAUGCAAAGCACCCUUAAAUUAUCGAAAGUUAUUGACGAUAUUGUAAAACCAAGAAAAACAAGCAGUGCAUUGGAUGUUGACAAAAAGAAACUUGCAUUGGAUGAAAAAGUAUCUAGAAAAGUGAAUUUUCCCUAUACUAAAUCAGUUUAUAAAGACUUGAUACCUUUGUGCACCAAAGACAAAAAGCCUCAAACCCUUUUAGUCGCAAGAAAUCCAGUAUAUCAAAGAGACCCAGAACCAGUAUUAGAGAAUUAUUUGGAGCCUCGCAAAGUACCUUCACAUUACUACUUACCUCCCUUCAACAGACAACAGCGUAAUGCCAAGGACUAUGUUUCAGUAACCAAUGGAUUAAACUUAUAUAAAACUAUUCAAAUUAAUGAAAAUCAUUGCGAUUAAUUAUUAAAUGUAUAAGGAAAAAAAAUAACUUAAUUUUAUGAAAAUAUAUUUUUAAAGUGUUUUACACAUAGAAAUAAUUGAAAAAUAUGGCUGUUUAAAUCUUAUUAAAGGCUGCAACAUCGACA